CCUCACACCUUUAACUUAAUCAUGUCCGCAUGGAAGAUGGUAGGAAACUGCUUCGUCAAGCCAUAGUUCUUAAGCCUUAAGCUAUUUGUCAUGUAUAUAAGCUUAGUUCUUACUGUAUCGUUUUAUUAAUUAAGAAAGAAAAUCAAUACAAAAUCAGAUAAGAUUCUCUCUGCGUCUUCUUCAAUUCUUCAAUGUUCUUCAAAUUCUUAUUCAGGUUUAUGGGGAGUUCCCCAUUGCCAAUUAAUUUUGGGGUGGAACCUCAACUUCCUUCAGAUCUGCCCCCUACAACCACUCAACCACCAGUCUCUUCUUCUCCUUCUUCUUCUUCUUUCACUCAUGAUUCAUCAUGGACAUAUGAUGUGUUUUUGAGUUUUAGAGGUGAGGAUACACGCACCAAUUUUACAGAUCAUUUGUACAAGGCGUUGUGUGAUAAGGGCAUCUACACCUUCAUUGAUCGAGAGCUUGUAAGAGGAGAAGAAAUAUCGCCAGCCCUUGUCAAAGCAAUUGAAGAAUCAAGAAUUUCUGUCAUUGUAUUCUCUGAAAACUAUGCAUCUUCGAGGUGGUGCUUGGAUGAACUUGUCAAGAUCCUUCAAUGUAAACAAUCAAAGCAACAAGUAGUCUUGCCCAUUUUUUACAAGGUGGAUCCAUCUCAUGUGCGAAACCAAGAAAGUAAAUUUGGUGACGCAUUUGAAGAACUUAUUGAAAGGAAAUUCAAGAAUGACAAGGAGAAAGUGCUCAUAUGGAGGGAAGCUCUUAGACAAGCAGCAAAUUUGUCCGGACAUACUUUCAAGGAUGGAAAGUAUGAAGCUACAUUUAUCAACGACAUCGUUGAUGGAAUCUUAAGCCAAGUACUGGGCCGCACAUACUGGAAUGUGGCUGCAUACCCAGUUGGAAUUGAAUCUCGUGUAGAAGAUGUGGAAAGGCUUUUAGAUGUUGGUGGGAAUGGUCGUCGCAUGGUUGGGAUAUGGGGGACAUCUGGAAUAGGCAAGACAACAAUUGCAAAAGCUAUAUGGAAUGCAAUUGCCUAUGAGUUUGAAGGAAGAUGUUUCUUGGAAAAUGUUAGAGAAGGAAGCUUAAUCCAGCUACAGCAGACUCUUCUUGAUAAGAUUCUAGGCAAAAAUUGGAAAAUUCAGAGUGUUGAUGAAGGAAUCGGUCUUAUAAAAAAACGGCUGAGGCAUAAAAAGAUUCUAUUAAUUCUUGACGAUGUGGACCACUUGGAGCAGUUAGAAAAAUUGGCUGGAGAUGAUUGGUUUGGUGAGGGUAGUAGAGUAAUCAUUACUACAAAAAAUAGGAGAUUGCUAGACAACCGUAAAAUUGAGUUUUACGAGGUGAAGAAGUUAGAAUAUUACAACCAAGCUCUUGAGCUUUUCAGUUGGCAUGCAUUCCGAAGAAGUGAACCUCCAGAAGAUUAUUUGGAACUCGCACAACGUGCAAUAGCAAUUGCUGAUGGCCUUCCACUAGCUCUAACAAUUUUCGGUGCUCAUCUUCGUGGUAGAGAUAUACCAAGUUGGCAAGUUAUAUUAGAUGAUUACGAAGGAGAACCUUAUACGCAUAUUGAAAGAAUACUUCAAAAAAGUUAUGACGCCUUGGAUCAUCGCGCAAAAGGAUAUUUUCUCGACAUUGCAUGUUUCUUCAAGGGUGAAUUUAAGGACUAUGUGCUACAAAUGGUACCCCCAAAAGUCAUUGAAGAAUUCGUUGAUAAGGCAUUGAUAACUAUUAGUUGGUAUGCCAUUACAAUGCACGACUUGCUAGAAAAACUGGGCAAGGAUAUAGUUCACAAAGAAUCCCCCAGUGAUCCCGGCAAGCGUAGUAGAUUAUGGUUUUACAAGGAUGUCAUACAAGUUCUAAUGGAAAGUACUGGAACAAGAAAGAUUAAAAGCAUCAUGGUGAAGCUUCCAGAACCAGCUGAGAUAACUUUGAAUCCAGAGUGUUUCCGUAAUAUGGUGAAUCUUCAAAUUUUCAUAAACCAUCAUGCAUCUCUAUGUGGGGACAUUAACUAUCUGCCCAACGCGUUAAGAUUUAUUCAUUGGCCUAGUUGUCAGUUACAAUCUUUGCCACCCAAAUUUCAAGGAUAUUGUCUUGUUGUGUUCAGCAUGCCAUGCAGUCAUAUCAGACAAUUGGAGGGAUUUAAGUAUUCGCCAAACCUGACAUGUAUGAAUUUGCAUGGUUGUCAAUUCUUAAAAAAAAUCCCAGACUUAUCCGGAAUCCCAAACAUAAAGUACUUGAUUCUAAGUGGCUGUACAAGUUUGGUUGAGCUUGAUGAUUCUGUUGGAUUCCUUGAUAAACUUGUUAUUUUGGAUCUCAGUGGAUGCGUUAAUCUUACGAAGUUUGGAAGAAGACUUAGAUUGAAAUCCUUAGAAACACUGGACCUAAGGGGUUGUGAAAGUCUUGAGAGUCUCCCAGAAAUAGAAGUGAAGAUGGAAUCACUAAGAAGAUUGGAUAUGGAAGGAAGUGGCAUAAGAGAAUUGCCUCCAUCAAUUAAACAUCUUACUGGGCUUGAAAAGUUGAUUCUCGAGAGAUGCUUCAAUCUUACAAGGCUUGAUUUACGGCUGCUUCAUUGCGUGUCCACUUUACGAUCUCUUAAUCUAUCUGGAUGCAAUUUUGUCACGCUUCCGGAAUGCAUUAGCAAAUUUGUGAGCUUGGAGGGUCUUACCUUGCGUGAUUGCAAGAGUCUUCGAGAAAUUCCACAAGUACUUCCACCAAGAGUAUGUUGGGUAUCCCUGGAUAACUGCACAUUAUUGGAAAAAUUUCCAAAACUGCCACUAUCAUCGGAGGUUGGGUAUGUGAGUUUGAGGAAUUGCGUUAGCCUACGUGGCUAUGACAUCACAGAAAAUAGUAUUCUGGAUCAGGUAUCUUCUCUUCCGCAUUCUGAAUUUGAAAUUACUCUUCCAGGCGAUGAAGUACCAAAGUGGUUCAGCUGUUGUAAAGAUGCAACACAAGUUAAAGACGAAUACUCUGCUCGAUGUGAAGUUUGUUUUGAAAUUCCUCCAAAUUUAGAUUGGGAGACGUUAAGAUUGGCUAUAUGUGUUGUUAAUAAGGGAAACGUAUGUGGGACUCUAUACCAAGCAGUGACACGUGUUCAUAUCAAUGGAGAACGGGUCGGCGAGAUAUAUAUGUGGAUAGAGGACAGUAAUGUGGGUCUUAGCUGUAUUCCAUUAUUGAAUCUGAGGAACAGAGCAAUACGUUGGGAGAAACUGACGCAAUUGCAAUACGUUGGGGGUAAUAAGUGUCAAAUUAUAUUUAAGUUCAGAUUCGUGUCCACACCCGUUAAAAUCCUCUGCGGGGUCCACCUAUUAGGCCACCAGUUGCUGAUGUCAGCAUCAGAGACUGGUCUUGGCAAGAGGCCUAGGUUAUCAGACGUCGGUGAUCAUGAAGCUCAAAGAGGAGAGGCUGAUCACCCAAAGAGGAGGCACACUGAUCUUAACGAGGAGCCAAAGCAAUGAAGUUCCAAAGUGGUUUAUGUAAGCUCCAGGUUCAGCUGUUGAAACGAACCAAAUUUCCAGGCAAUAGUCUGGUAAUCAAGAGGUGUGUUGAGGCGCCAGCAGUUUCUGAGAUUCCAUUUUAAGUUGCAUAAGGCAAUACCUUUCUUCUCAAUUGAUGCAUUCAACAUUCAUCCGCAGAUGAACAAAACAGCAAGCCGGAUUUAUCUAAUGCUUUCAUUCCACACGUAUACUUUGUCUAUGAUUCUUCUGUCUCAUUCAUUGGAAUUGAUGUAUGUUGGGGAUGAAAUGUAACAGAUUUAUCUAUUUCAUAAUUUCCAGUCAAGGUUUGUUGAAAAUCAUACAUUAAUUGUAAACAGGCGUCCAAAUAUGCCCAAAAUACUUCUUUGAAAGAUUGUCUCAUUACACUAGUAAUGUUGCUGGUAUUGGCAAGGUACAAGAAUCCUAGCAUGUCUAAAUCAUGUCUAGUUGCUGCAACUCACGUUGCUGGUAUAGUUGUUCAAGAUUUUUUGAUAAUCCU